AUGGCUGCUUGGCUUGAUCUCGUCAGCGAGAAUGAAGUUUGGAAUUUAGUGGAUACCAACCGGUUGGAAGAACUUGUGCAGGAAUUGCCCUAUCCAAAAUGGCAAUAUCCGUCCCUGCUCUACUUUACAGGAAAUUCAAACCGCAUGAAAGCUUUGCGAGCUCUGUUCCCCUACAACAACAUCACACGCAAAGGCCCCUCUGGCUUGAUUCGUCUUCAUCUCAGCACCAAUACCGCUCAUACACAGAGCCCUGUAUUGUUUGCUGAAAGCAGUUUAAACCUGGAACACAGCAUGGGCGACUCGAAAUGGCUCAAGCAUUCAACUACAAAGCAUCGAAGCUUCUCUAUAACGGGCACAGAAGGGCUGUUGCCCCCUGCAAGGCUACAACAAGAAGUGAAGAGGGAACUUGUUUUACCAUGGACCCAGGUCCUGUGUUUGUUCCUCGAUUCCGCCGCUGACAUUCAGGCCGCAAGAAACUUACUCCAACAACCAUGUCGACAGCUGACUAUUGGCGACGAGGGUAUUCCGGCUCCCACGCAGAUAGUCAUUGUCUUGACCAACGGCAAGCAUACAACAAAAGCCUUCACACAAGAAUACGCACAGCUUCAAGAGAUGAUCAAGACCGGGACAGUCACGAUUCUCGAUCUCAGUCCACGUAGCGGGCUUUCAGACAGCGUCGCUUUUGCGCCACUGGAAAGCUUGAUCCUCAAGCAACUCGGUAUAGUCCAGGCCGAGCAACUAUCAGCUUGUCGGCGGUUCUCAGCAGUUCACCUCAGUGCUUUCUGGAAUACUCAUGUACAAAUUCACCAAAGGCUGCUCGAUGCACCGCCAUUUGAUCUAUUGGAAAGGGCCCGAAGGGGCUAUACGAAAAAUGACACGAUGGGCGAUUGUCUUCGAGAGGUCAGCCAGCAUAGAAAAUCCGUUAGCUGCUCAAGGGAGGACUUUGAUGAUCUUGUAGCUACGGCUUUCUUGAUGGAUGCCUACCCCCCCUGGAAUGCAUGUAUCUGGGACGCAAAGUUCCAGGGCCAUAUUGCUGGCGUUUCAUUCCGCUUCGUGCAAAGUUUCGAGCAGUUGAGCUCUGUGAGAACUUCAGCAGCCAUUCGAAAGGAGACGUUGCAUCGCUUGUAUCGCCGGUGGGGUGGUCUUCGUUCCACCACUACUUGCUUGGUCUGUCUGUGUCGGCCCCCGGAGCAUAUGCUCCCCUGCAAACAUGCAAUAUGUGACACCUGCGUCGUGAUCUUCGGAAAUCCAAGUUCGCUUGGGGAGUAUCACUUCGAGGUCGCUCAAUGCCCUAUCUGCGACGAGAGGUCCAACGUCACUGUCCGCCAACUACCUCCAACUAAGCAUCCGGUGAUUCUCAGUUUAGAUGGCGGUGGAGUGCGCGGUCUGAUUCAACUAGGCCUUCUACAGGCUUUAGAAAGGCGCAUUGGUGUUCCGAUCGCAUCUCUACCAGAUCUGUGCACUGGAACUAGUGUAGGUACGUACGACCACUGGCCGAGUGAUUAUGGUUGA